UUCUUGCUUGUACCUUCGGUAACUCCGUCUCUCCGCUGCUUUCUUCCUCCCGUUCGUCGGUUCGAUUCUCCAAACUAUUGUUUCAGUACCGUGGCUCAUAGAUUCUUGUCUAUUCUGCUCUCGUUGAAGAAUAUAUACGUUGAAUCGCGUGACAGAAGAUAUGGAGAGUGAAAAGGGAUUGAUGAACAAUGCUAAAACUCCUGUUACUUCCAGAUUGUCCAGAGUUUCUGAGAUGAUGACGGAGAUAAUGGAAAUUCAAGCUGAGGAUCCCAAGUUCCAUGUAUUGUUCAUCCCGGGGAAUCCAGGUGUUGUGCCAUUUUAUAAGGACUUUUUGGAAUCUUUAUACGAGUUUCUUGAUGGAAAUGCAUCUAUCACGGCUAUUGGUCAAAUAUCUCAGACGAGCAAGGACUGGGAGUCUGGGAGGCUAUUUUCGUUACAAGAACAAAUCGAUCAUAAGGUUAAUUUUAUCAGACAGGACAUUGAGGGAGUGAAAGUUCCAAUAAUACUGGUUGCACACUCUAUUGGGUCUUAUAUAUCCCUUGACAUUUUAAGGAAGUUCUCUGAAAAGCAGGUGGUAUACUGUAUUGGCUUAUAUCCAUUUCUGACUCUCAACAAACAGUCAACAAAGCAAUCGUUAAUUGGAAAACUUGCAGCGUCUUCUGUUCUAUCGGCUACAGCGAGUUUUCUCAUUGCAUCACUGAGACUGUUACCUAUGUGGGCUGCACGGAGGCUUGUAUCUAACUCCCUUGGAGCUUCAUGGUCUGAUACUGCAGUUCAAGCUACUUGCACUCACUUGAGGCAGUAUCACACCAUGCGCAAUGUUCUCUAUAUGGCAAUGACAGAGUUUAGAGAGCUCGCAGCAGAGCCAGAUUGGGAGUUCAUGAGAGAAAACCAGACCAGGCUUGCAUUUUUAUUUGGCAUUGAUGAUCAUUGGGGUCCACUGCAACUCUUUGAAGAGAUUUCAAAGCUGGCUCCUGGUACUUCCUUGUCUAUUGAGAGGGAAGGUCACACGCACGCGUUCUGCUGCACGGUGGCUGGCUCCGUGUGGGUUGCGCAGCAUGUAGCCACUCUGAUCAAGAACCGGUUUACGCACCUCCAGUAAAUGUAAAUUGUCCUGACUUUUAAACCAAAUAAACCGGUCUGUGAAUUUUCAUUUUGAACCAUCAAUAGCGUUAAAUCAAUGAGCCGAGUUGUUCUGGCCCAAACAUAUCUACUUCGUUCAAUUACACCGGGAAAACAUCUUCAUAGAGUUGCAUUAAUGUAACAAAUCGCGAUCAGUGAGAAUUUAAGACCAGAAAAUUAGGGUACUGGAGUUGAAUGCAGCGAAUAAAAUUAGCUUAGCCGGUUUAUAAGAAAUUGUUUAGUUAUUGAAGGUGGAAUUAAAUACAUAUUUAAUUAUUUAUCAUUCUUACGUAACGCUCAUUAUUUUCAACUGCCUCAAUUUGCAUUUAUAUUUGAUUUAAAUGAUUUCAUCACUUUAAAAUCUGUUGAAGCUGUAACUACCCCUCUUCAACUCUAACUAACUUUUCACCCUCUUAGCUAUAAAAACAAGUUGCCAGAAUUUCUGAACAUGCACAUUUAAAGUUUCAUUAUUUUAUUUUUCCCAAUUGUAGGUCUGACGAAACCCUCAGUUUUUUCUCUCUCUGACUGAUAAAUUCAUAUUUCAGGCAAAAUCUUGUUCUAAUCUCUUUAUAUUUUAUUAUUUUUUUGUAGGAAAAAAAAUCAGUUUUUGGACAUAUCAUCUUAUUAUAUAAAGUUUGGUUCUUCAAAGUUGCUAAUUAACACGAUCUUGACACAUGGCAAUUACAUAUUUAAGAUUGUGACAUGUGUUAAUAUUAUUUUUUUCCUAAAAUCAUAAAAAAAAAGAUAACUGUAAAAAAAAAUGAUAGUAAUUAUCCUUUUUUAAAAUCUUAAACCAAAAAAUUGUAGAAGAGUGUUUAAUGUUAAUUUUCUUUUAUUGGUUCUUAAAGUUUUUAAUUAAUAUGAUCGCGACACAUGCCAAUUAUAUAAUUAAGAUUGUGACAUGUGUUAAUACUAAUUUUCUUUUUCUAUCAUUAAAAAAACUAUAAUUACUCACAUAUUAACACGAUUUUUUGAAAAAAAUAAUAGUAAUUUUCGUUUUUACAAAUCCUAUACCAAAAACGAUUUGUACAAAUAAUUUAUUUAAUACUAAUUUUCCUUUACUAAAAUCAUAAACCAAAAACAAUUUGUACAAAUAAUUUUCCUUUUCUAAAAUAAUAAAGAAAAGAUAACUGUAAAAAAAUGAUAGUAAUUAUCCUUUUUAAAAUUCUAAAGCCAAAAAAUUGUAAAAGAGUGUUUAAUGUUAAUUUUCUUUUAUUAAAAUCUGAUUUUUUGAAAAAAUUAAUAAAAAUUUUCGAUUUUACAAAUCCUAUACCAAAAACGAUUUGUACAAAUAAUUUAUUUAAUACUAAUUUUCCUUUUCUAAAAUCAUAAAGAAAAGAUAACUGAAAAAAUAUUAAUAGUAAUUAUCCUUUUAAAACUUUUAAACCAAAAAAUUGUAAAAGAGUGUUUAAUGUUAAUUUUCCUUUAUUCAAAUCCUAAUUAAAAAGAUCAUAAACCAAAAGGAACUACAAUUAUUCACAUCUAUAUAUAGGACUAAGCUCUCUCAUAUUUUGACACUUCUCAUAUUUGAUCAGCAAGCAUAAAGAAAAAUAUUAGGUGGGUUUUUUGGUCAUCGCAUGUUCUUUUCUUCUUAUAAACUGAUGUUAAUUUUUUUUCUUCAUUAUUGUCAUGCUGGGCACGUAAGUUAUUGCCACAAUAAUGCUUAGGAGUUUGUACAUACAAUAUAUAAUUAGUUAUGAUGUUGUACAUAAGUUAAUGUCAACGCCAAUUUACUACUUUAAUACGUUUAAUUAUGCUUAUGUGUGUUCGUUCUAUUUAUUAUUUUCUAACUGAAAUUGUAAUUCAAUUUGCUACCAGGAAUUAUCAAGACAAUGGCUUCAGAAAGUUAUCUAACACUAGAUCAGUUAAAUAAGAAAUGUUCUUACCGUCGUACUGAGUACGUCUUACUAGAAAGUGGGAAGCAAGAAAUUUAAAUAAGAAUAACGAGCUUAUAGGAAUAAAUUUUCUCCUACUUGAUAAGAUGGUAAAUAUUUUAUUUUUAAAAAAUCUUAUAUAGUUUUAUUGUAAAAAUAAUUUGUUUAUUAUAUAGGAAAAUACAAUUCAAGGUUGUGUGCAUCCUUCUCUUAUUGAAAAGUUCGGGGAUGGAUUACAUGAAGGGGCCAUUAUUGAAAUCUGCAAAUUUAAUUUGCAAGAUUACAAUAAAAACUAUAAAAUCUCAUAUCAUAAAUUUCAGAUAAGAUUGACCGAGAGAACAACAAUUGCAUGUGUGGAGCAACAAUUACCUCAAACACCGCCUGAAAAAUUUCGAUUUCGAAACUAUGAAGAGUUUUUUCAACUGAAAGAUUCAACAUACGAUUUAUAUGGUAAUAUUUAGUAUUUUCUUUGGUGAGUUAUUUUUUUAUCUUUCCUCUUUUGACUUCGCUUUAUAUAUUCAGGACAGUUAAAUCUCUUGCAGUAUUGAAUGCAAAGAUUGAUAGGUUUAAAUAAUUAUUACAUUGACUGAAGUUGGAUCCUUUCGUAUAGAGUCUGCUUGACAUUGGUUGAUGCAUUUGUAUGUUUAGUAGGUCAUUGAUUGAUUGAUUACUAGGAACACGUAAUCUGUUUUUUUUUUGUAGCAAUUUGGUUGUCAAACAUCAUAUGUUUCAGUCAAAUUAUUCGGUAUUUGUAAUGAAUUUUUCUUGAAAUAACAUUAUUACAUAACACGAUUUUUGUUACAGAUGUAAUUGGAUGUAUAAAGAAUAUUGAGAAAACGGAUGUUCGUAGCAAGACCACACCUGUCCUCCGAAGAGUUAUUCAACUUUAUUGUUAGAAAGGUAUAUUUUUCAAUUCCAAUUCUAUUAAUCAAUUUCGAUUUUUAUUUUUUAUUUCUCUUUUACAAAAAUUCUAUCUAAUACAGUAGAAUUGAAAUACAAGCAACACUAUGGGCUGAACAAGCAGAACUAUUUGAAGAUAAAUAUCGCGCUUUGAAAAGUAAUAAUAUUGUUCUUAUCAUGACAAGUGUUUUGAUCAAGACAUAUCAAGGUGUAAUUUGUCUCUCAGCAUCUUCUGGGACUAAAUUCUAUUUGAAUUAUGAUUUUGAUUCUGUUACCGACUUUCAAAAAAGGUAUUAUUUAAAAGGUUCAGUUCAGGUUCGGAUAACCCAUUUAAAUAAUUUUUGAAAUUUUAAAAUUCAUUAUAUACUUUAAAUCCUCAAAAUCUAUAAAUACAAUAAUAUAUUACAUAUAAAUUUGAAUAACAUAUGUCAAAACACCUAAAAUUAACAUAUAAAUUGGUUUGGUUUGAAUAUUUUGAUAGAGAAUCAUAAGAAAUUUCAAAUAUAUUUUGGUGUUUUCAGUAUAUUUUAGCUAUCUUAGACAUUUAGUUUUAACUAUUUGUUUAUAUUUUCAAGUAUUUUACACACGUUAAAAGUAUCUUAUAUAUUUUGGAUGUUAUUAAUAUACAUUAAAUCUAAAAAUAAUUAAUAUAUUUAGGUAUAUAAAUCUAUAUAAUAUAUAUUUGGAUAUCCGAAAUACUUCGUUUCAUUUCUCUAGAUACCAAAAUUUUGAACCCGUUCGAAUAUUUAAUCAAUUUUGAUUCAGAUUCGGUAUUAUUUUUUGGAUCGGGUAUGGUUCAGUUUUUCAGAUUUUGUUUUUUUUUGCCCAGCCCUAUUUUAAUCUCUGUUUCAUAGUAACAUACAAAGACGUUUUCAUUCAAUUAAUAUAAUAAAAACAUGUUAUAAUAAACUUUUAAAAUCAUUCCAAAUUACUAUUAAUAUAGCCUUGCAUCAUUCCAAAAUACGAUUUGAGUUGAACUUGAACAUGAUUAUUCCAAAACAGACGAUAUAGUCUGAUCAUUAAAAGGUGAACUAUUUAUAAAAAAAACAAAAA